AUAUGUAUGUCGGGACGCGAGAGAGAAGGAAAGAGAGAGCAGGAGAGAGAAGGGGACGUGCGACCCACCAUUUCACGCGCACGCGACCCCACAGCGCAAACCCUAAUUCCCAACACCAUUACCAUCUUCUUCUUCUUCUGCUUCUUCUGCUCCUCCUCCUCCUCCUCCUUCUCCUCCUCCUCCUCCUCCUUCUCCUUCUUCUUCUUCUUCUUUACCUUCUCUCUUCUCCCUGACCGCAUCACUUUUGUAUUCUUGUGGGGGAGACAAGAGUUUAAAGAAGAACCACGCACCCCAUACGCAAGCCAAAGCGGGGUUUGUAAAGAAAACCCAGAAAGAAAAGAAAAAAAACAGAGGGAGAGCGAGAGAUUCUCGCUUACUUAAGCCGUGGUUUUUUCCUUUUCAUACUCUCUCUCUCUCUCUCUCUCUCGUGCUUGCUUCGUCACUUUUCACUGUCCCUUAGCUUUCUCAAAUCGUUCGCCUUCUUUAACCUCUACUACCUUUUCCUCUUUCUGUUUCUCUCCAACUCUGUCCAACAUCUGCCUUCUUGGGAAAGAUCGCUAGAACUAGCGGUCUCUUCUGGGGAGGUCUUCUCUUUGUCACAUCUCUCUUCACUUUUUGCAGCGAUUUUGCUUCUUCUCCUCGUUGAGCUUUUGCAUAGAGAAGAAGUGAAUUGACACAGAUAGAUCUGGGGGUCCAUAAGGAAUUCAAGUGCUGAUCAAUCCUAUAGUUUCGACAGCACAUAGUUUGCUCAAUUUUUUUUCCGCGAGGAAGAGGAAUCAUGUCAAAUCCAUGGUGGACAGGGCAGGUCGGGCUCCCCGGAGUCGAGACGGCGACGAGCUCCUCGCCAGCGAAAAAGCCUGAUCUAGGGAUCUCCAUGAAUGACAACAGCGGAGGAGGCGGUGUCGGGGAGGAAGACGAGAGAGAAAACAGCGAUGAGCCAAAGGAAGGAGCUGUCGAGGCCGCCUCUCGGAGGCCAAGGGGCCGUCCGCCGGGCUCCAAGAAUAAGCCGAAGCCGCCGAUCUUUGUGACAAGAGAUAGUCCUAACGCGCUUCGGAGCCAUGUGAUGGAGAUAGCCAACGGCGCAGAUAUAGCUGAGAGCGUGGCCCAGUUCGCCAGACGGCGACAGAGGGGUGUCUGCGUGCUUAGCGGGAGCGGCACAGUCACCAAUGUCACACUCCGGCAACCCACAGCCCCAGGGGCGGUCAUGGCCCUUCACGGCCGCUUCGAGAUCCUCUCCCUCACCGGGGCCUUUUUACCUGGUCCUGCCCCGCCAGGGUCAACUGGAUUGACCAUAUACCUAGCUGGAGGACAAGGUCAAGUGGUUGGCGGAAGCGUCGUGGGCUCGCUCGUGGCUUCGGGGCCUGUCAUGGUGAUCGCAGCGACCUUUUCUAAUGCAACUUACGAGAGACUGCCCUUGGAGGAGGACGAGGAAGCGGGCAGCGGACAAGGGCAGCUGGUGAGUGGCUCGCCACCGGGGAUUGGUGGCGGCGGGGGACAGCAGCAAGGGGGGAUGGCGGACCCCUCAUCGAUGCCGGUGUACAAUUUGCCUCCGAAUUUGCUUCCAAAUGGUGGACAAUUGAACCAUGAGGCUUAUGGUUGGACCCAUGGCCGGCCAACUUAUGGCUAGAAAAGGAUAAUUUAGAGAAGUCGUGAGGACAAGAGGGAGAGGGGGAAAUAGAGAGAGCUUCAGGUCAGCUACUUUAUCUUGUAUUGUGUCAGGGAUAUGGAAAAACAACUUGCUCAUGUCUUUUUCAUAUUUUGUAUAUUAAACCAUGACUAUCAUCAUUUUGGUACUUCUUUAUGUGCAAAUCAAGGCAAGGGUUUUAUUUCAAUUUCCUUCAA